AUGACGUCUGAUAAGGUAUUAACCAAAAAACAAGCAGAGCGAUCCGAACUCCUUCCGGAGGAAACAGGUCGAAGAAACCUCGUCUCAACAGAAUAUUUCGAUAUUGAUGUCAGAGGGUUUCAUGAUUCGUGUUCGUCAACGUCUGAUCCGUCUUCCAAACCUAAUCUUGAAGAAGAUAUCGAGUCUGAAUAUUAUGAUUUCAGGAAACGACAUAAAUUCUUUAUUCAUGGGAAGAUGCAAUUCAUAAAGUUGAUGCCAGAGGAAAUUCUAAAAAGGAUUUUUCUACUAGACUCUAUUAGUAAAAAUAAUGAAGAUACAAUUGUCCAUGAUGCUUUACAUGAUUUAAUCAAAGAGAUGUUUCGUGACUCAGUAUUGGAAUUAUAUGAUUCCAUCAAACUCGCGGACUUCCAAGCGGGUACUUUGGACGAAUUAAUCAAGAAACAUGGAAAUAAGAUUGGCGGUACUCCUUUCAGUAUAUGGAUUUGUGAUGCGAGCAUUCGUAUCUAUAAAAUCAAUUACGAUGGGAUAUACAGGUUCUUGGUUGCAAAUGUAGUUAUUCCAACAGAACAAGCACAAUUUAUAGAAGCAUUAAAGCAUCGUAUUUCUGAGGUCUUGACAGUAAUUGCUUCCAACACUCCAUCACGUUCUACUUAUGGUAGGAUGCCCACCUCAUCGCCAAAACUCAUCAAGGUUACAAUUACUGGUCUACAACCAAAUUAG